ACGAAAGUCAACCCGCCGCCGCAGCCUGGUCUCAACCAGUCCGCGCCAUGGAGGUGGCCGGGACGGUGUUUGGCGUCCUCGGCGUCGCAGGUCUCUUUAGCGCCGUGAGGGACCUUGUCGAGAAGAUCGACUGCCUCCUUGACUCCGACACCACUGCUCGCUCCGGCGCGGUUCAGUUCAAACUCGACAAACACCUGCUCGAGAUAUGGAGCCACGAGAUCGGCAUUCAAGGGGACAUCUUGCUGCCCGAUCAUCACCCGUCCCUCGAUGACCCAGAGAUUGCCCGCGUAGUUUUUGCCGCCCUCAGGGAUAUCAGGGAUCUGUGUAGCAAUCUUGAACGCUUGCUCGAGGCUCCGUUGAGGGGCGAGCAGGAGCCAAGGCCGCUGCGCAGAGUACUAACUGACCUUUCCGCUUUGCCAGUGACCUGGUUUCGGAACGUGGUGAAGACAUGGCUCGAGGCACCUUGGAGCACCAUGAUCUACGACAGACAUCUUCGCAAGAGGCUUCACAACACCUGCGAAUGGAUCCUCGAGCGCGAAUUCACCAUCAAAUGGCUCUCGAAAGAUUUCCGGCACGAUUCGCCCAAGGUUUUGUGGAUCAACGGCCCUGCUGGCUACGGCAAGUCCGUGCUUUGCGCCAAACUGAUCCAACGUCUAUCGGGCGGUCCCGACAAGCACCUUGUCGCCCACUACUUCGUGUCUGCCGACUCUGGCAGCCUGGAUAAGCCCUUCACAGUCAUCAAGUCAUGGCUGUUCCAGUUGAUCACGCAAAGCCCCGAGGCCCUGGACGCUGCCAGCGAGUGUUGGGAUGCAAGGGCUCCGCCGCGCGCUAGUCAAGAUGUGACUGUGAAAGUGCUGAGACACGUCCUACGCCGCCUCGAUGGCUGCACGCUUGUCGUGGAUGGCCUUGACGAGUGUAGGUGGACUAGCGGUGCAGAGCGCUUCGACGACAUACAUGACCGAGAUUCGGCCGUCGGAUUCUUCCUUGCUAUCGCCGAGGCUGCAUCUCGCACCAAAACCCGCAUUCUACUCGUCAGUCGCAAGGAAAACUAUCUUACGCGCGCAUUCAACUCCCAACUUGUCCUUUCCGAGGACAUCGCAAGCAUUGCGUAUUCCAUCUUACCAAACGAUGUCAACACAGACGCAAGGGCCUUGGCACAUGAGAUUGUCGAUAAAAAACUCCCCCGAAGAACCGACGAGGAACGGUGUAGACUUGCCGAACGGAUAGUUGCAAAGUCUGAAGGCAUGUUCCUCUGGAUGAUAAUGCUUGGAGAGUACCUUUCGGGAACAAAGAGCGAGAGCGCGCUCGUUGCCUUCACACCUCGUCCGCUCACUGUCCUUGAGCUGAUUGAAGCUUUGACCAUCCCCGACAACGAUGUCGAGGGUCUCUACGACGACGACUUACCCAACAACAUGGAUGAGCCCUAUAUCUCGGACGACAUUGUGGGCUUAUACGAGUCACUGGUUGAGCUUCGCCCACAGAAGCGAGCUCCGGAGCCCGACGCUCGUUCCUCAACGGUCCACAUCGUACACCGCUCGGUCCGGCAGUACCUCAUAGACCGGCUACCAGUUGAAGACGGGCUGCGCCCAAUUGAUCAAAGGCUCGCGAUGCGCCACGUUGCACACGAGAGGCACCUUGCUAUCCAGCGUCUUCGCUAUCUCGGCAUGGGACAUGCAUUGGACAAGGGACUCCUGUUGGGAGAGGUGACAGUUCCGCGGGUAUUCGUUUCCAUUGCCAUCGAAGCGCUGAAGCCCUGCCCCCGGCGUCCUAAUGCGGCUCCCAUGCACCCCACUCUUGCUAGAAUGAUCAACAGUCUAAUCGAUCCACGGCGGGCCACAUGGAGUUCUCUCCGGCGACACAUCCCGUCGGCCGAAUCGAGCCCCCAGGACCCAGCCUGUCACGCGCUCUUCGUUGCCUGCGACGCCGGGUUUGAGCCCGUCGAUUACAUGCUAUCCCAAGUGAAGACUCCUGCUACCACUGCAGACGAACAUGGCCGAACAGCGCUGCAUGUUGUCUCUGCCAAGGGUGGCAACGUGCGUAUUCUCCAACUUCUCAUUGACCAUCACGCCCACAUAAACGCGCUGGACAAUGAUUGGGCGACACCACUGCAUGUGGCAUGCAGAGGGACCAAGGAGGACGUCGUUGCUCUUUUGCUAGACAACGGAGCAGGCAUCGGAUACAAAGACCGCAACGGCUGCACGCCAUUGAUGAUGGCCGUGUUAUCUGGCGAGUUCGCAGUCGUCAAGCGGCUGUUGGGAUACAAUCCCAGUGUCGAUUCCGAGGAUAAUCAAGGGCUCCGGCCGGCUCAUCUCGCUGUCAAGCGCGCAUCGGGUGGCCUGGGUGUGCUGAAGCUCCUGUCGAACCAAGGCGCUGAUUUGAACAGCAAAAGCAACCAAGGCCACACUCCUCUCUAUAUGGCUGCUCUAGUGGGCAGCCUGGCCUGUCUGGAGUUCCUCCUAGAUCGGGGGGUCGACUUGGGGAGCGCAACAAACAGGGCUCCCACUGCUGCACAUGCUGCUGCUGCUAAGGGCCAUAUCGACUGCUUGAAGCUUUUGCUCGAGCGCGGAGCUGAUGCGACGGCAGAGGAUGGCGACGACUUGAUGCCAAUUCAUCAUGCUUCUAUGUCUGGAUAUGUCGACUGCUUGAAGGUUUUGCUUGACUGGACGGCAAUCCGUAUUGCUUCGACCUCUGGAUGCGCCGAACCCCCCAAGCCCCUGCCUAAGCACGGAGCAGGCGUGAGCGUCCAGAUCCCUGGUGGUGCGACUGCAGUUCAACUUGCUUGCGAAGAAGGGCAGAUCGAAUGCCUUAUGGUGCUGAUUAGGGCCGGGGCCGAUGUCAAUGCCAAAGGCAGGGGUGAUUGGACGGCAGCCAUGUUUGCUUCCCGGAACGGGCAUGUCGAUUGUUUAAAGGCCUUGGUCGAAGCGGGAGCGGAUGUUGCAGCCAGGGAUUCUGAUGGCUGGACCGCACUUCAUUUAUGCUCCGCUCUGGGGCAUGCGCAAUGCAUCCCGCUUCUGCCGGAAAAUGGGGCCGAUAUCGAGGCCAAAGAGAAUCAAGGCAUGACAGCAUUGAUCUUCGCUGCUUCCUCCGACGAAGACACCGAGUGUUUCGAAGCCCUGCCGUCUCGCGACGCCGACGUUACGGCCGCAGAUAACUUCGGUCAGACGGCUCUCCACCUGGCAGCCUCCAUGUCGCACCCCAACCACCUUUCACUCUUACGGAAACAUGGGAUAGACAUCAAUACCAGCAACAACAGUGGGGCUGCUGCACUGCAUGCCGCAGCAGCCGAAGGAAAAGUUGAGAAUCUCAAAACUCUUCUGGCCUACGGUGCAAACAUCGGCGCCAAGGACAUCGAUGGCAAGUCAGCCCUCCAUGCCGCAUCGGAACACGACCAAGAGGAAUGUCUGUCAGUGCUUCUGGGGCAUGGGGCGGAUGUCAAUGCCCGCAGCAAUGAUGGCACUACUGCACUGCAUAUUGCUUGCCAAGCCAACAACACAGGGUGCCUCCAAGUCCUUGUUGCGGAUAGGCCGGAUUUCGAUGCAAUUUCUGAACCGCACAAGUCCCUCACCCAUAUGGCCACAAUCUCGGGAAAUUUGAGAACCCUGAAGCUCCUACUUGAAUCAGGAGCGGACCCGGCGCGGCUAGACUCGGAUGGGCGGAGCAUCCUCCACUGGUGCGCCCGUACGGGGAGCGAGGUCGGGAUGGAUUUGGUCCUGGGGAAUGGAGGAGUCCUAGACGCGCUCCAACGAGACAUGCACGGACUAUCUGUAUUGGCCAUGGCCAUCGUCGGCGGCCACGUGCCGAUGGCCAAAAGGCUCCUCGCCACUGUCCAAGGGCAGUUCGACUUCGAGGAUAGCCUGGGCCGGUCGCUUUUGUGCUGGGCUCGCAGGAACGGGUCUCGCGAUCUGGUCAAUGUUCUAAAGCGGGAGGCCGCACGCAAGAGCGUCCACCUCAUCGAGCCGGCCGAGAAUCUAGGGCACGGCGAGGGGGAUCGCAAUCGAGAUUGCCGCUUGGGCCGGCCAGCUGCGGAUUCUGCCACGUGUGCACUUUCAAUGUGGCGGCGGGCCAAGUGCGUUACGAGUGCUUCACCUGUGGCGAGGGGGAUUUCUACAUGUGUCAAGAGUGCUUUGAUAUGAGGGCCCUGUGCCAGCCGUAUCAUAUGCUCUACCAGCGGACACAUCCUAUAGCACCAGAGAUUGCGAGACUACCCGAGGAGGGCGAGAGUGACCUUGAUGAUUGGGGGCUGGUUGGAAAGGCGGCGUUCGGGCGUAACGGGGGUCGCCGCGGGGUUUUUUCAUGGAAUGUUCGUUUUCGCUGUUAGUUUGUGUGACGCCGUGGAAUGUCGAAAGCCCCCCUCUUCCCUCAAUGUCUUGUUCGUGGCGGUCAGACUGGGAGGAAGACGUCCCUUUGUCCCCUGUUGUCGGCUUAUCCACGCAUCCACGGCGAUUACUUUGCUGGGCGUGAUGGGGGAGGUCCCCCAGGGUGACCGGGCUUCCUUGUCUGAGAAAAGGCGAGAUGGUGAGAUGUGCUGCAGGAAGAAGCCCACGCAAGUCAAACCCCUUUAUUCGCGGGCUUGGGGCCCGAUGGAUGGGGUGCUUGGCUCCCAAUAGGGUCCGUAUAAAUGACACAUUGAGCCGCAUCCCCGAUUUCAGGCACUUGUGCAAUUUUACGGGCGUCCCUUAGAUGCUUCUCUGAGAAAGGAGCCUCUCCACUCAACUCCUUUGUUGCAUGUUUUUGUUGAAAAAUGUGCUCCCAUUAUCUGGCAGCCA